GGUCGCAGCCGUGCGUGGAGCGUCACAGCGCCGGUGUCUGUCCCCCAGUCAGAGUGAAAGUUGUCUCGGCUUGGAAAAGCUGGGGGUUCGGGGCUUGCUAGUUUCCACCGCCGCUACUUCACAAGCUUUCUCUCGGAGUAAUGAGGCGGAAGGAGAAGAGGCUGCUGCAGUUCGCUGGACUGCUCAUAGCAGCUCUUCUUUUCCUCCCAAACGUCGGGCUGUGGUCUUUGUACCGGGACCGAGUGUUCGACAACUCGCCCGACACAGUGGAAGGUCCGGGCGGCAUCCCCCAGAUACAGGCGGUUAAUCGGGCGGGGAAGGAUGCUCAUGUGAUACGUGAUGGCGUGCAGAGGAUAGACUGGCAUAACUAUGAAGCAAUCAAAAUAGAUUUAUCUCGAUCUGGUAAUGGUGAACAGGGGAGAGCGUUCCCUCUCACGGACGCUGACAGAGUCGACCAGGCCUACAGGGAGAACGGCUUCAACAUUUAUGUCAGCGACCGGAUCUCCCUCAACCGCUCCGUCCCUGACAUCCGCAAUCCAAACUGUAUAAAGAAGCUGUAUGCAGACACGCUGCCCAACACCAGCAUCAUCAUCCCGUUCCAUAACGAAGGCUGGUCGUCGCUGCUGAGGACCGUUCACAGCGUGCUCAACCGCUCUCCUCCACAGCUCAUCGCAGAGAUCAUCCUGGUCGACGACUUCAGCGACAAAGAGCACCUCAAGGAAGCACUAGAAAAGUACAUGGUGCGGUUGCCAAAGGUUCGCAUCCUGAGGACCAAGAAGAGGGAGGGGCUGAUCAGGACUCGCCUGCUGGGAGCCGAAGCUGCUAAAGGAGAAGUCAUCACCUUCCUGGACUCUCACUGUGAGGCCAACGUCAACUGGCUACCUCCAUUGCUGGAUCGAAUCGCAGAUAACAGAAAGACCAUCGUGUGUCCGAUGAUCGACGUGAUCGACCACGACAACUUUGGCUAUGAGACGCAGGCAGGGGACGCCAUGCGAGGGGCGUUUGACUGGGAAAUGUACUAUAAACGGAUACCCAUCCCUAAUGAGCUGCAGAAAAAUGACCCCAGUGAACCCUUUGAGUCACCAGUGAUGGCAGGUGGGCUCUUUGCUGUGGACAGGAAGUGGUUCUGGGAGCUCGGAGGGUACGACACAGGUCUGGAGAUCUGGGGAGGAGAACAGUACGAGAUCUCCUUUAAGGUGUGGAUGUGUGGUGGCCGGAUGGAAGACAUUCCUUGCUCGAGGGUAGGACACAUCUACAGAAAGUACGUCCCCUACAAAGUUCCUGGUGGGGUCAGCCUGGCCAGGAAUCUGAAACGUGUGGCCGAGGUGUGGAUGGACGAGUACGCCGAAUACAUCUACCAGCGCCGGCCUGAGUACCGUCACCUGUCAGCAGGAGACAUGUCGGCCCAGAAGGAACUGAGGAUCCGCCUCAACUGCAUGAACUUCAAGUGGUUCAUGGACAAGGUGGCCUGGGAUCUGCCCAAACACUAUCCACCAGUGGAGCCCCCUGCUGGAGCAUGGGGAGAGGUGCGUAACGUGGGAAGCGACAUGUGUCUGGAGAGUAAACACGUUGUAUCCGGGAGUCCCAUCCGCCUGGAGAGCUGCGUGAAGGGGCGGGGCGACGUCAGCUGGAGCCAUGGACAGGUGUUCACAUUCGGAUGGAGAGAGGACAUCCGGGUGGGCGACCCCAUACACACUAAGAAAGUCUGUUUCGAUGCCGUUUCACACAACAGCCCCGUCACCCUGUACGACUGUCACGGUAUGAAGGGCAACCAGCUGUGGCGCUACAGAAAGGAUAAGAGUCUGUAUCACACGGUCAGUAACAGUUGUAUCGACUGCAGCCCCAACGAGCGGCGAAUCUUCAUGAACACGUGCGACCCCUCCGCCCCCACACAGCAGUGGGUUUUUGAGAAGACCAACUCCACCGUGUUGGAACAAUUCAACCGGGGCGGCAACUGAGGCCCUGCAGCAUCCACGAAAACACUCCUGACGCACACAGACGUUGAUCUGCUGCUGCUGCUGCUGCUGCUGCUGGGAAAAGGGGUUUUACAUUCAUUUGGUUCCCCGUUUACCUGAAGGUGGCAGCUGUUUCUCUUAGGGUCACUCAGACUGAGGCAUGAUGGGAUCCCGUGAGGGAAGUUGUUUAAACACAUCAGUCAGAGGGAAGACUGAGUUGAGCUUUGAUAGAUGGGUGUGUGUUUAAAAGUGAUUUAGUGUGAGAUGUAUUUGCUCUGUCACGGCGUUGCUGUGGUGGUUGGUUUGUCUCACUUCCUGAUUUGGCUGGUGAUUGGUUAUCUCGUCUCCCUUUUUUUCAUUCCCUUUUGUUUUAAAAUGUUCUCUGCCUUUAUCCGUUGCCUUUCUGUUCCCUUGCAUAGUUUUGUAUUCUCAAUUUUCUCUGUCUAUCCACCUUUAUCCGCUGACUCCAUCUCUUUCUCCUUCUGUCUCUUCUGGUCCGCCUCCGCCUGCACGUCCGUCUCUAUCUGCCUGCAUGACUGCACCUUUUCCAUUCUUCCCUCUCAAAUCCCCUUAUGUCUCUCCAGCUCUGACAACCUCCCUGGGGAGGUGAGGAGGUGGCUGCUCCAGCUGAGCCAAAGUCAUCCUGACACCUGGGUGAAGCCAGGCAGAACCACUCUGAAAAUCACCUGGUGAAUUGAUUCUCUUUUACAACCCUCAUCCACCUUCUGUUCCCUCCUUCAUCCUCCCCUCGUGUCCCCUGCUCCCCUCCCCCCCACCAACUCUCUGUGGCCACUGUGGGGCCCGAGCUGCUCUGAAUGUAGCAGGUGGAAAUAGAAAAAGAAAGUAGAACAGCGACCUCUUUAAUGCCCCUCAUGCCUUUUUUUCCCUCUGUUCUGAACUUUGCUGGCUGUAUUUAUUGAUGACUCGUCCGCGGGUUUGUCACUGUGCCACUUCUUCUUUUAUUCUUCGGAUGCGAGCACUAUCCAAUGCCGGGGGUUUGUUCAGGCCAACUCUUGCUGGCUAAGGGAUUGUUUGUUGUGAGGGGGGUGGUGGUGGAUGCUGUCACACCUCUUAGAGUCCCCCCCCCCCCUGCUUCCUGUUCGCCCUUUGCUUUCCCCUGCACGACUCAUGCUGAUCAGUCGCCGGAACGACCCCGUCACAUUCUGCCGAGCGCAGGGUCGCGGCGCAAAAGCAGCGGGUGGGACUGCAAAUGGACGCCUGCCUGGCUGGAUGACUGGCUCUGUGACUGUCAGGCCAGCUGAUUCACAGCAGGGCCGCACGAUUGGCCGGCUGCCGAGCUGACACAUCACUUUAGCGUUCAGGGAAACGAAUAGGAUAAUCACUCUGGAUAGGCUCGCUGAGGUAGCUCUGGGAUUGAGACGAAUGGGGGGUUUAAAAUGCAUUAAGCACUUGUGUAAUGAUAAACUUGAAUGAAAUCUUCGUGCCUUGUUGGAAGAGGAUUAGAUAGGUGUGUGUAUUUUCUGAAAAAGUGUGUGUGUACGUGUGUGUGUGGGCCAAAUAUGUCUACAUCAGCAUAGGAAACAAUUCAAUCUAUUCAGGAUGUGACUUUUCUUGAAAACUAAGAAUCUUUACAUCAAAAAACUUCUCCUGAAUCUCAUUUCAAAUGAAAGAUGAGUUGACCUCGACUCUGGUGCUGGACAUUGAGGGUGCCUCUGGCUUUGUGAGCCUUAUAUGGCUCUCUCAAUGAACACACAUGUAACUUCUGGCUUUGAAUAGAGCUAAAGACACUUAGUUUCCCACCACAUUUUCCUCCUGCCUUGAAACUAUUAGCCCUAAGAAGACCCGUUUAAUCACUACACGAUGCUGUUUUGUUGUUUUCCCACCUGUUCAAUCCAAAGUACUUUUAUGGGAAAGGGAAUUGUUGUUUGCUACAUUUUGUUUUACCCUAUUGUUUUUCUUUCUGUUUUAAUUAAAUGUUAUGUUCUCAUUUAAACCUUUGAUUUAGCUGAUUAGUUUCCUGCUCAACGUGAUUUCCUGGCAUUUCCUUGUAUGUCGCCUGCACCCAUUCUCUAAUCUGGUUUUGUGAAAAAGAACAAUGUACAGUAGGGCUGCACGAUAUCGGAAAAAACUGACAUUGCGAUUUUCCCCCCUGCGAUAUAUAUUGCGAAAUGAAAACAUACAGGAAUUGAAGAAAAGACCGUUUUCUUUCCGCAAACCAUCCUUUCUUGAACUUUAAUGCUAUACGAUUGGUAUUUUUUUAACUAUAUUUAACCGGAUGAAGGAUUUUAGUCACGGACGUCUGGAUCUUAAGUUACAAGCUGAGCUAGCUCGGUUAGCAGCGCCGAACUGCCCUGGAGAAACACAUGAAACUACUUUAUUCAGUGUUUUUCCUUUAAUCACCCGGUCCGUUUGCUUUGGAGAUUUGAUUGUGAUUGGUGGUUUGCUGUGCAUGCAGAGCCUGCAUGUCACUCACUCAAGUACCCCUGACAUGAGAGCCGCGCAAGUUUUCCUUUUGUAGCAAGCAGCAAAAUAAUUGUAACAUGACGUGUUUGAGUUAAUGUGCCUACUUAAUACCACAAGUCCUAAAAAAAAUAUAUAUAUAAUUUUUUUAAAUUUUUUGUUUAAAAAAUCGCACGUCCUGCGAUGUAAAUAUUGCGCAUGUGCAUAUCGCGAUUAUCGUCACGACACGAUAUAUCGUGCAGCCCUAAUGUACAGUAUGCGUCAUUAUCAGGUAUUGUGCUUGAUAAGAUGUCAACAGUCCAAAACAACAGGUCCUAUACUCGACAUACCUUAGAAAAGGUACUUUUAAGUCACAAAUUAGGCUAACUGGGACAGAAUUGUUUGCUAAAAUGACAGGCUUCUGUUCAGGUUAGAACACUUUUAAGAUCACAUAAUAAAAUAUUUAAUAUAGACAAGUAUAUAUAAAUAGUAAAUACAUAUAUUUUAAAGACUAAUUGUAGACUUGGCCAACAAUUGACACCUUAUAACAUUAUCUUUGUUGAAAAUCCAACACUAAUCCUUUUAUUCAAUAUGGCAAACCGUCUUUCUCUGAGAAAAAGAUCCUGCCUUUGCACACCUGAUAGAAGACCAUGGCGAUUUAAAUUUAGUUCAGGGUUCCUGUGUCCUUUUUUCCCCUGACCUUCUCGCUACAUGCCUGGACAACUUGUACAUUGUCAGAUUGUUAAGAGGGGAGAGGGAAUUGCUGCUGCAGACCACUGAGUCUCUGAUGUAGCCAGGAUUUCACUACAGGACCAAACAGGACAGAAGCGAAAACCCACCUGACCUUUUACAGCCUGAUUUAUUUCAUGUUUCCUACUGUUUUUCUUUGAAGGUUCAUUUUAAAACACUGUUUUCUGGGUGAUGUGUUAAAGUCCUGUUCAGAUCAGUAGUGCAAUCAGGGCUGUUCAAUCAUGGGACUUUAUUGUGAAGGACUGUUGUGACUGUUUAAUACAAACACUGUACUUGACACACACUUGUGUUGAGGGCUGAAUACACAUAGCAACAUUGUGGGCUGUAUUGAAACACUGUAUAAGUAUUUUUGUUGUACUACUAAAGUACCUUAUAUCUUAGAAGUGUCUCCUUUGUUUUACAAAAUAACUUGAUUCCUUUCGGUUAAACAUUAGAUAAAAAAGUGGAUUUUUAAACAUACCACACAAAGAAGAUGAUGUUAGUGAUUUGAAAUCCCUGCUGAUAUGAUACCUAGUUCUUCAGUACUUUUUCCGGAAAUAAGAAACUUUGCCAAUUAUAUUGAGAGAAACUUAACUGAGCAAUUGAGCCUCUUUUUAGCUGGGUUUUUAGCUGUUGUUUUUGGUGUUGUGUCCCAAUUAUUGUAACCAUUCAUUUGAGCUUUAAACAAUUAACAAUUGUUUUACAUUUGACCACAGAACUGGACUUAAAUGAUCUCUCUGGGAAAUUGGACAAUUGAACGUAUUGCCCACAGUGUUGCUAACUGUAUCCCUUUGAGUACAUUUUUUUUUUUUUUGUGUUUUUCUUUUGCUCAUUAGAGUACAUUGUACCUUUCCAUUGCACAUGUAAAGUAUGUUUUUAGUACAUCAAUAAAAACAAUAGGUUGAGUCUUAAUGACACAUUACAUUGACUUGUUAUAGAUUGCAUAUUUUUAUCACUGUGUACAAGAUAUUCCUCUAUACAAAUCAUUUUACAGUGGAAAAAUCCAGUUCAUGUUGUCAAACACAUUUCCUUUUGUAUUCAAUACUUUUCCACAGUUUGUGGAGUAAGGUAAGGGUAAAUGUGCUGCCACUUUUUGUUGUAAUAUCAAAAUACUUUUUUAUUUAAGUGGUGAACUUUAAGACCAGAGUUCAUAUUGUUUUAAAAGGGCAUAGGUUUUUAAUGUCAGUGGCCAUGAUCGGCCAUUUACACCAUGUUGUGUACAUGUGUGGAUUUUCAUGUGUAGGAAAGUGUACAUUUUGUAUCUCAUAAAAAAUAUCCAAUAUUUUUUUCUACUGACAUUGCAACUGUAAAAGUGUAUUUAGGUAUUUAACAAACUGUACAAUUAAACUGGAAUUGUAUGAUAUUUUUGCUGAAAUUGUCAAAUAAAAGCUUUCUAUAUUUGGAUGAAAA